UUGAUAAAGGACGCAGCAGAAAAGUUGCAGUCCCUAAGAAUGAUACAGAGAAAACUCUAACUUUUGCGUCUGUUUUGGACCUAACCGGUUUUGUGUCACCAUAUACAGGAUUUAAAAUACAUCUUUAUUCACUUCAAGGAUCCUGCAAGAUGGUUUGUAAGUGUUGGUGAAGGAUCUCACCCCAAUCAGCAGAGCCGGUGUGAGUGUGUCUCAGAUGAGCCUGUUUAGCAUGGAUCUGGAGGACUUCCCCCCUCCUCCACCUGACCUGUUGGAUGACAAAGACGAAGGUGAGAGGUUUAAUGACAGUGGUGAUGAAGCCCCAGAGGCAGAUCGGCCACCUCCUGAACCUGAGGGAAUCUCCAUGCCUCCACCCUGCUCUUCAGCAGCCAGGGACACACCUAUAAAUGGGACAAGUCAAAACCCGGAGAACUUACCCACCACUGAGGCUGAUCUGCCCCCUCUUCCUCAGGACUGCCCCUCUAAUAAUACCUCUUUGGCUCACACUGCCUUUCUACAGGGUGAUCUGCCCCCUCCUCCAACAGAUGGCCAGAACAGUGACUCCUUUCCACCACUAGAGGGCGCUACAGGAGCUGUUCACAAUGAGCAGGAAGGAAACAAAGUUGUCAGUGUGGAUCCCACCCCUGCUUCCACCUCCAAGCCCAAAGUCAGCCCUUACUCUGUGAUUGACAUCGCCCCUAUCCAACAACAUUUGCUGUCUGAGCAGAGUGCCCUUCCCUCCUCUCCCCCAGCCAAUGAGAGUGAAGGGAACAAUCAGGAUGUACCUAGUAGCCCCGGGUUACCUUCUGGGUAUUCAGUGCCAGUUUCCUGUGGCUAUGCAACACCCUCAAAUGUGCCAGUGAUUCCACCAGCCUACACCACCCCAGUUAUUAUCCGACACUUCUCAAUGGAUGAAGAUGUGACCAUAGUGGGUGCUGGACAUAUGCCAGUAGACAAUGUUUUUAGUGAAGAGUUUCCAGUCAUCAGAGAGGAAGAUGCCCUGACUAAGUGGGUGUCAGACCCGGCUAACACAGCCUGGAUGGAGAGUCCAGAUGAAGUUAUUUAUGAUGAUGUACCAAGAGAGAACUCUGGAUCCACCACAGACCCAGAUGAGAUGAUCUAUGAUAAUGUUGAGUUCGGGGAGGAAGGUGGCAGCAGUUCACUGGAUAAUGGCUGGAGUUCCAGUGAGUUUGAGAGCUAUGAAGAAGCAAGUGACACAGAGAACGGACAUGGAGAGAACAGCCUCCCUGAUGCAUUUGUCAGGGGCCGUGCACCCAGCAAGAAAACACAUCUGUCUGAAGAUCUGGUGCGUUUGAAAGAGCACUAUGAGAGAAAGAUGCGAGAUAUCAUGGCAAACACAAUGGGAACAGUAGAGCUGCAGCAGCUCAAGCACAAGCAUGAACAGAAGAUGCAGCGGCUUGUAAAAGCAGCCAAAGAUGGAACUAAAGAUGGUCUGCAGAAAACCAAAGCGGUGGUGAGAAAGGGACGAUCUUUCAUCCGCACAAAAUCUCUCCGUCAUGAGAAGAAACCCAGCUGCUUUGAUGAAGAGUCAGAUCUUUUUAUUGAGGUGGAGUGUUUUAAUGUUGACCCAGUGCUGGGUCCUGCACCUAAUGGACUCUCUCAGCACCAGGUGAUGAGGAGAUGUAUUCUUGAGAAGAUUCUAGAGAGUGAGAACAACUAUUUAGAAGCUCUGAAGAGAAUUUUAGAGCAAUAUGAGAAACCACUAUCAGAGAUUGAGCCGCAGCUACUGAGCGACCGCAAACGUAAGGUGGUGUUUUAUCGGAUUCGAGAGAUCCUGCAGUGCCACGCUCUGUUCCAGAUGGCGCUGGCCAGCCGUGUUUCUGACUGGGACCAGCUGGAGAUGAUCGGAGACGUGUUUGUAGCAUCUUUUUCCAAGUCCAUGGUGUUGGAUGCAUACAGUGAAUAUGUGAAUAACUUUAGUUUGGCAAUGGGAGUGGUGCGGAAGGCGUGUGCUGCUAAGCCAUGUUUCCUCGACUUCCUUAAGCAUCGCCAGGAGACCAGUAAAGACCGUUUGACCCUCUAUGGACUGAUGAUGAAGCCUAUCCAAAGAUUCCUGCAGUUCAUAUUGCUGCUUCAAGACAUGUUGAAAAACACACCAGUAGGUCAUCCCGACCGUCUCCCUCUUCAGAUGGCUCUCACUGAACUAGAAACGCUUGCUGAAAAACUAAAUGAGAGGAAGAGAGAGGCUGACCAGCGCUGUGAGAUUAGACACAUUGCUAAGGCUAUGAAUGAACAUUACCUCAAUAAGCUCCUGAGCAGCGGCAGCCGUUAUCUGAUUCGUUCUGAUGACAUGUUGGAAACUGUUUAUAACGAUCGUGGGGAGAUCGUUAAGACUAAGGAACGGAGAGUCUUUCUUCUGAAUGACGUGCUCAUGUGUGCCACCCCCAACCGACACCCUUCUCAGGAUGGUGUUAAUUUGGGAGCUGGAAGUGAAGGUGCUCCCUCAGGACAGAGGUUUCUGCUCAAGUGGAGUGUGCCAUUGAGUCUGAUGGAGGUUGUGGAGUUUGGUUCCAGUGAGGAGAUGGGAGACUCAGCCAGAUUUCCCCCCUCACACUCAGGAGAGAAAGUUGUCAUCAACGCUAAACCUAAUAAGCUGUAUAUGGGUCCAGGGCAGCUGUACCAGGACUUGCAGAACCUGAUCCAUGACCUGGGUUUGGUCAACCAGAUCUCUACCAUGAUCAGCAGUCUGAAGGGCAAUUAUCAGAAUGUUAAUGGGACAGUUGCUCAGGAUUGGGUUUCAGGUCUCCAGCGACUCAUCUUAAAGAAAGAGGAGGAGAUUCGUGCUGCCGAUCGCUGUAGGAUACAACUACAGUUACCGGGGAAACAAGACAAGUAUGGUAGACCCACAUUCUUCACUUCAGUCUUCAAUACUUUCAGUCCAUCUAUCAAGCAAGCUUGGACCAGUAAUCUGCAGAUUGCCAAACUGGCUCUACAGGAGGACAACAUUCAGGGCUGGUUUUGUGCUGAAGAUGAUGGUAAUCAAAUGAGGAAACAAAAUCAUCCUCUCUUACUCAAGCAGAUGGCUGUCGUCAUGUCCAAACUACAGGAGUUCAAGGUGGAGUGUGCGGUUCAUAACCCUGAGCCUCAUGUGAACACAGACAGCACUGCAGAUUUACCUGUUAUGGGUCACGGCUGUGUGUGGGUGGCCAGCUGCACCAAUCAAAUGGGUCAGGUUUCCAUUGUGGCAUUGCAGAACUCAAGUCCAAAAGUGACUGAGUGUUUUAACGUGGAAUCACGUAUUCUCUGCAUGACGUAUGUGCCCUUGGAUGAGCCUUUAAAAAACGGGGAGAAAACCCUUGAUGCCUGGAAACCAAAUGACACACCAAGUGUGUGUUUGGGAAUGGAGGAAGGCAGUAUAUCAGUAUAUAAGAGCAGCCAGCGCUCUAAGAAGGUCCGUCUGCAGCACUUCUUCUCCCCUGAUAAGUCCAGCGUCACAUGUCUGACGUAUAAGUGUGGGUGUUUGUAUGCAGGACUUGUCAGCGGUUCUCUGGUUGUCUACUCCAGGGCUGAUGACGGCUCUUGGGUGGAGUCAGGGGCCCAAGUGCUGAAGCUAGGGGUGCUGCCGGUGAAAGCGCUGCUGGUGGUGGGUGAGCACGUCUGGGCCUCAUCAGGAGGGCAGAUCUUCAUCAUCAGCACACAGACACACACUGUGGAGCGUCAGUUAGAGGCCCAUCAGGAGGAGGGGAUGAUCGUGUCACAUAUGGUGGUGGCCGGGGUGGGGAUCUGGAUGGCAUUCAGCUCUGGCUCCACCUUACGACUCUUCCACACAGAGACUCUCGACCACUUACAAGACAUCAACAUCGCCACAGCUGUCAACAAUAUUCUCCCAGGACAGCAGAGAGUUUCUGUGAGCAGUCUGUUAGUGUGCAAUGGUUUGCUGUUGGUGGGCACUAAUCUUGGGGUCACAGUGGCCCUGUCUGUACCCAGACUGCAAGGCAUCCCCAAGGUCACAGGUCGAGGCAUGGUCUCUUUUCAUGCACACCAUGGCCCAGUGAAAUUCCUCACCAUGGCAACAGCAGUGUGUAAUGUCUCCCAAGCAACCAUGGCAACUCUCACCUCCAACACACCCAGCCAGUGCCAGUCUGGCGCCCAGGAGGUGGAAGGCACCCAACCCGAGCAGGACUGCACAGGGCUAGGGGACAGCAGCACGAGCUCCCCCUCACAUGCCCCAGCUCUCCAGGAAUCCCUGUCCUCCUCAUGUGGGUCUCUGUCUCAGGGCUCUUUAGAGCACGGGCCAGAGGACGGAGCAAUAUAUGACCUGCUAAUAGAGCCAGCUAACUUCCAGAAGUUCAAGCAGACUCAGAGAGUAAAUGUGAGCUCAUUGUUAGUGUUGUCUGGAGGGCUGGGGCACCGCAGAAUCAACAGAAAAACUAAACAGUCCAAGCACGAGGAGACAGUGUCUACCAUAAUGGUGUGGCAAAUACCAUUGCUUGGCCUGUGAAGGAGGCAGAACCAGAAAAUGGGCAUUGCAUGUGAGAGAGACAGGAAGAGCAGAUCCUGAGGCUGAUCUUGCUUUAAUGGGUGAAGUGAAAAAGAUAAUGUUCUAGGAAUGAGCUGAACAACCAAGUUCUAAGUACUUAGACAUGCAUAAGAGAAAUACAUUUUACCACUUGGCACAUUUACCGUUACUGAUUUUUGAACACAAAAGCUCAGUCUUCAUUAAAUGUUGCAUUCAUUAAAAUAUGUCAAAACCACUGCAGUGUGAUAAUAUUCAGGUCUAACUGUGGUAAUGUCACAUUUUUAACUGCUACAUGAUUACAUUUCACAAGCAAAAUAGAAUACAUCUACAUAACAUUAUAACUGCAAGAAAUUAAUUUGUCUUAUUUUAAAACUGUUGCAUCUGCUCAGAUAUUAUUUUGUAUAAUUUGUGGCAUCUCAAAUGUUUUGCUUCAAGUAAUUAUAUGGUGCUUGUAAAAGAGGUCAUGAAACCAUUACCUGAAUCAGCAGGUCAUUUGAGGUUGACCUUUUGGAUUGGCCUCUGUAAUCGGCUACAACUUGUGACCGAAUGGCUUGCAUGGGAUUCUCUGGCGGGCCAGAGCUUCUUUCAGGUCCAAAAGUGAAGUUGUUGUCCACUGUUACCAGUUCUAUUAAAAAGAAAUGGCAUUCCUCCAUCAUUCUAAUUUAACGGUGAUGCUUAUCGAUAUUUAAGAUUAUGGAAAAGCUUUAUAUUGACACAUAUGGAAAUGUUUUUCUGACUUUGUAUUUUAACAAAUAUACACAAUUGUUUUAAUCAGCAUUGCUUUGUAUAUCUGUACAAGUCUAAGAGAUGACCAUGUUUUUGUUAAGUUUUUAUUUUUCACCCAAGAACAAAUUAAUGUAAUACUGGAACUGAGUCUGCUCAUACAAAAGGGAGAGACUUGAGAAGAAAAUGGAUUGAAUGUGAGGUUGAAUGGCUUUCUGUGUAAUGCACUUUACCAACAGCAACACUGAUUUUAGAGCUUGAGGGAAAUUGAUAGUCAUGGGCAUUGAUGUAUGGAAGGAAAGAAAAAAUAUAUAUACAAAACUUGUCAGUUUGUACAGUACUUGUCCAAAAAAAAAAAAAAAAAAAAGUAUGAAUAUGAAACAAUGUUGGUCCCUGUGAGAUUUUUUUUCCCCCAGAGAAAUUUGUCUCCAAAUAUUCCUCUUGCAAGGUGUCUGCCUAAAAUGGAAAAUAAAAAGGUAAUAUUUAUCACUUCA